AUGAACGACCUUCUCACGGAUUCAUUUGUCGGGGAUGCCAAAGGCAGUCCUCCGAGAGAACCUGAUAUUGAGAUGGGCACCCAGUAUCCCAGGAGUAACUCGGAUUUGGGAAUGGAAGGUUUUAAUAAGCAGAUACAAGAGGUUGAGAAACAGGUGGAUAAACUGUCUGCUUUACUUGCAAAACUUAAGGAUGCCAAUGAGGAAUCAAAAUCGGUUACAAAAGCAUCCGCCAUGAAAGCUAUCAGGAAGCGUAUGGAGAAAGAUGUUGAUGAAGUGGGAAAGAUAGCACGGAAUGUGAAAGCGAAAAUUGAAGCAAUAAAUAAAGAUAACUUAGCCAAUCGACAGAAGCCCGGGUGUGAAAAAGGGACAGCCGUUGAUAGGUCAAGGAUGAACAUGACAAAUUCCUUGACGAAAAAGUUUAAAGACCUGAUGACAGCAUUUCAGACCUUGAGACAGAAUAUAGACGAGGAAUAUCGUGAGGUUGUGGAAAGAAGGGUGAUCACAGUCACUGGAACUAGACCAGAUGAAGAGACAAUCAACAACCUUAUUGAAACUGGAAACAGUGAACAAAUAUUCCAGAAGGCUAUCCAAGAAACAGGUCGUGGGGAGGUGCUAAGUACUUUGGAAGAAAUUCAGGAAAGACACGAUGCUGUGAAAGAAAUUGAACAAAAGCUUCUUGACUUGCACCAGAUAUACCUUGAUAUGGCUGUUCUCGUUGAAGCUCAAGGAGAAAUCCUCGAUAACAUUGAGAGCCAGGUGUCGAAUGCAGUUGAUCAUGUCCAAUCAGGGACAACUGCACUUCAGAAUGCAAAGAAACUUCAGAAGAAAACCCGAAAAUGGACGUGUAUUGCCAUUAUUAUCCUUUUAAUAAUAAUAGCCGUUAUAGUAGUCGGUGUUAUCCAACCUUGGAAGAGUGGCAAGGGUGCUUAA